UGGAUCUUCUCCAAGAAUGACAAUUCAAAUCCGAAAACUGACGGUUCAAACAUUCAAUUUUGCUUAAUAAUACAAAAUUUUCAGUUAGUUGAACAAAAUGUCGCGAUUACCUAAACCAAGCGGGUUACCAGGACCAAGAACUGGUAUACCAAGACCUGGGGCACCCAGAACAGCACCAGCUGCACAGUCAACGAUUUCUGCAGCAACAGCUGGACCUUCAGGGUUAAGACCUCCUGGGUCAGGUUUGAGACCACCGGGAGGAACUGGUUUAAGACCACCGGGUGCAACAGGUUUAAGGCCACCAGGAGCUACAGGUUUAAGGCCACCAGGAGCUACAGGUUUAAGGCCACCAGGAGCUACAGGUUUGAGGCCACCGUCAAGGCCUUCUUCUGCUGGAACUAGAGAAAUUGCUUCAAAAACUACAGUUACAGUGACCAAAGGACCUGGACAAAAAUCAGUAGCCGUUAAAACUGACCAAAGCGUAGUUCCUAAAGCUUCGAGAACUCAACCCAAGCCAAAAAUGGGAGCUCCUGUAGGUCCAAAAAAAUCUCAAGCAGCGGUACCUAUACCUCCACCUUCGGUUUUGAGGAAACAGGUAGCCCUCCAGGUGAAAGGGACUGCCGCUAAAGCUCCUCAGGGUUCUAGAGUAACUGCCGCUGCUUCCAAAAAGACGACAGUGCCACCAAUGGAACAAAUAAUGACACCAGAUGGACCACAGCAGGUACUCCAAAAGAUUAUAACGGAGAAGAGAGUUGAGAGAUCAAAGCAAGGAGAAAUAGUCUCGAGGAAUAUCAAGACUAUCGAGACCGAUCCAACUACAGGAGUGACUACUCAAGUUGAAGAAGAAGUUCAGAAGCUGAAUCCUGAUUUUCCGGUACCGAAGGGUCCUGUCAAAGAAAUUGUAACGGUUGUAAGCGAAAAGGACAUCACAGCUUCGUACGAGGCCACAACCGAAAAUGUCAUACGGGAAACUACCAAGCUUGAUGCAGGAUUGGGUAUGGAUCCCUUACAAGUAUCGCAGCUUGUAGAAGAAGAGAAAGAGGAUGUAGAGAACGCUUUAAGAAUCAACCCGCCGGAGUUAGUGAAUCAAUCACCUGAAAGAUUUCCUUUGAAGAAACGACUGCAAGCACUUAGAUUAAGUCCAGAAAAUAUCGCACUCUUAGAACAGUCAGUGAUUCAACCCCCAAUUACGGCAGAUGAGCCGCUACCGGAAGCCUCCCCAGAAGUGAUGGCCAAAGUUCUGAAUGCAAUGGAUAAAAGUAUGCAGCCAAAGCUAGAUCCGGAAGCUACAUUCAACACCCUCUUCACUGAAGGUGGUCAAGAAGAGGCUCCUUCUGCAUUAAUCAAUAUAAGCUCUGUUGCGCCUGGGCCACUUGGAGAUGUCGUCAUCCCUAUUGAUGAUGCUCCUGACACUAUACAGGAGGAAAUGUUGAGUCAAAGAAUGGAGCAAACUUCUGUUAUUGUUCAAACUGCUGAAGAAAAACCUUCCGACUUUUCCUAUUCUAUGAGAACGCCUCAACAACCCAAACGGAAAGAAAGAAAAAAGUGGGGUGCUUACAAACCUCUGACUCAAGAAGACCCUCCUUGGUUGAAGCAAGAUAUGCCAGAUGCUAUUGAAGCAGUAGGAGCUGUUCCUAGAGAAAAUAUGUUUGCAGCAAAUGUAUUGGAGACAACUCAAGCUGGAAACAUGAAUGAAGAGGUCAGCAAGGGCAUCGAAUAUUUUAUAGACUGCAAUCCACUUCAAUAUUGUUCCCGAGUACAGCUUAGGGGAUCACAACCACCACCAUGGUUUCCAGGCUAUGUCUAUGCUCUGUCAGACAUGGGUGACAGCGUAGAGGUUGCAAGAUCGCCUAGUCAGGUUAUGUUUGCAGCUUGGAGAUCCGUUCAACCAGAAAUAUUUGGAGAUGAUUCAAUCGUUUACAAUUAAUGUAAAUGAUGAUGUAUUAAUGAAAAUAAAAAACAAAGUAACGUUCA